UCGUCAACGCGGAUUAGUCUCGUCCAAUUCCAUCUUUACCGAAUAACAUACAUUUUUUUGAAAAGUUAUUAGAUAUUGUUUUUGGCAGUCGGUCAGUGAGUCGUUGUCGGUCAAUGUCAGCAUUUCUGGUGAAUCGCUCAGCAGUUAACGUCGCGGAAUAGGCACGAUCCAGCCAAACACUCGAGUUAGUGCUGAAGUAACCUGGCUUGUCCAUUAGUAGUGCAAACACAGUGUCUAUGCAAUUUUAAGAUUUCGAGAGGAUAACAUUAGCGGUUUUGUGACAUAGUUUGUAUUACGCAGAAAACUACUCUUCAAAAAUGUUGCUUCCGAAACUCCCUUUGCACGCACUUCUAUUCGUAAUAUUGUUAGUCAUUACUUCCUCGCAUCAAGAAGCCAUAGAGACUCCAAAGGACACCCAACCAUCUACCAGUCAGAAUGAGUCAACACAGCCUGAAUCAUUUGCCGAGGACCCUGUUCUUCAACCAUCGUCACGACAAAAUCGCAUGCUGAAUUUCUGGGACUACUAUAACUACAAUACUCCUUUCUACCCCAUACCGCAACCAGCAUUCAUUCCAUACCCUUACUACGGUGGAUACGAUCGAUAUGAUGACAUGGAAGACGAAGACUAUGAAAUGGAUAUUGCUUCGCGAGCAAAUAUUGCCAGCAGACGACCAGGCUCGAAAAGGCGUACACAGUAUCAAGAUUCUCCGAUUUUCUACAUUCGGUUGCCUCCAACACCGUACAUGUUUGUUCCCGGAUCAGGAUAUAUGUCGCAACCACCAACAUUCAACCCUCUGAUGCCAAUGCCGCCAGUAAGUCCACCAAUGCCUGCAAUGCCUGCGCCAAUGCGACCUGUUGCUCCUGUCGCCCCAGUAGCUCCAGUCCCAGUUAGUCCAUUUAUCAGCAUUCCGUUGAACUUUGUUUCGAAUGCACGACCAACUUCAAUAUUCCACUUUGGAAGCAGUCUGCAACCUCAGUACACAGUUCCUCAGCCUCCUAGCAUGCCGUCACAAUUCGGCGUUCCUGCUAUUCCAUCGUACCAGCCAACAUAUCAGCCUACAUACCAGCCAGCUAGACCACAUCGACCAACUAGUCGACCUAAACCAAGCAUGACCGACUCAGAAGUUACUCAGCUGAAGGGACAAUUCCUCUUCAACGGACGACCUAAUCAGAUUUAUCUUUUAACUAAUAGUCCGCCAAAUCCAGUUUAUACAAAUCGAAUUAAUCCGUAUUAUUGAAUUGACUUAAACUAGCAUAAUAACUAUAAGACUGUGUUAUAAGACAUUAGCUUAAAAGAAAUAGUAUUACUAUUUAUUAGUGUCAAUUGUCUUUUAAAAAUUAAGAAAUAAAAGAAUAUGAAAAAAUUACACUUAACUACAA